AUGGCCUCCACACUGCAGUCCGACACGUCUGCCGAAGAAUCCCUGCCGGUGAAUGUCAUCACAAAAGUGCGGCAGUCGCCAAACACCACAACUCACGAAGUCCUCCACAGCGGGUCAACAUAUGAUCAACAAAAACAACAAUCAUCUCAAUUCCAAUUACAACAAUCCCAAUCACUACGUAUGGGAUCUGUAACGGAUGAAGAGGAGAAUAAUAAUAGUAAUAAUAAUAAUAAUAAUAAUAAUAAUAAUAAUAAUAAUAAUAAUAAUAAUAAUAAAACGCGGGAAGGCACGUUUAGUUCAAAUAACAAUUCCAUGCAUGCGGCUCUGGAGGCCCCACACGCCCCAACACCAAUCUCUGGUGGAAAGACGUGGACAAACUCACCGUACUUUAGUGGGGCACUUGUCUCUCCUACAGUGGAUGCAAAUACGGAGAAGAAGAGUGUGGCUGCAGAGGAGUCGGGACACUUUUCAGAUCACGGUUUGUCUAGGAGUGGAACUCAAACGAUGGUUCUUCCCAGACAUCAUCAUCAUCAUCAUCAUCACUAUCAUCAUCAGAUACACCAAAUAACACCACCGCAACCACAACAACAACAACAACAACAACCAUCAUCUGAUAUGACCGCACAUUCAAUGUCUCAUCAUAAUAUGACAUAUGGACUAGAAAACGAAUCUCAGGGAUACGGGAAAAACCCGAGAGCCGUUCAUCAGCAACAAUAUCCUUCGUAUCCUCCUAACCAACAGAAUCAGAUGUAUAAAGGUGAGGGAAGUUACCCCGGAGAUGCGGAACGCGAUGGGUAUAAUAACUAUUAUCCAAAUCAGGGAUACUAUCCAAUGUCAACACAACAAGUAAACCAACCUAACUAUCCCACACCACAGCAGAAUGUGCCAUUUCAACAACAACAACCACAACAACAACAACCACAUCAACGACAACAACAAUCACAACCACCACCACCAUCACCACCACAACAACAACAAAUUCCAUUUUCAUAUUAUCCUUCUCAACAAGACCCUCAGAACUGGUCUGGAGAGUAUGAUUCCCGAUACUACUAUGGUGAUUCUAACAACUACGGACAAUCACAGAGAAAUCAGCGUUAUUAUGGUGGCAAGGGUGCUGGUAACACUCCAAUGAUGGAAUCGUACAACGACAACAACAACAACAGCGGCCCACAGUUCGCUCCUGCACCACCACUACCAUCACAACAACAACAACAAUUACAGUGGUCUGCAGGGCAAGGACAACCAUAUCCAAUAGCAACAGGAGGAGGUGGAGGAAUGCCUCCCGCAAGGUACCCAGCAUCGCACACAAACUCCAGUCAACACUCUACCCCACAUCCAGUACCGUCGCCGUAUCCUUCUGGUAGUGAAAGUGGUUACUCACGGUACUUGUCGACGCCGCAGCCAACCCCAGCAAGAAUAGGUCCCACCGCAGUGGCAGCACCCUACGGUGUUGGAUUCUCAGGACAAAGACGUCCACACUCUCGAUACGCGGAUGAUUCAUCAGGAGCACAUUCAGUACCACCGGCCUAUGGUUAUUAUGAUAACAACAAUAAUAAUUCUUUUGGUGGUGGAAGACCACAGAAUCAGUAUCAACAACCCGUACUGCCGGUACCCCAGAGUAUGAACUACCCAGAGAAGCACGGAUAUGAUCAAUAUCAGGGAAAUAGACAGUGGAAUAAUAACUAUGGUCCGCAGUCUGGUGGAUCAAGCUAUCCUUCUCAACCCCAUGUAUGUUCACCCUACGAUCCACCAAUGAUGGCUCCUCCUGAGGGAGGCGGUAGACCACAUGCACCUGCAAUGAUGAAUAAUGUACCUCACUACGCCUCUCAGCCACCCGCACCGAGUUACGCACCCACACGAUCACAAACUGCGGAUGACUACACCGGCAGAGGACCGCCGUUUCACACAGGGAACAGAUUCGCUCAUGCUCCACCGGCAGCAGGAGCCGCAUUCCAUCAUCAGCAUCAGCAGCAGCAGCAGCAGCAGCGAAAGUUCCAACAGCCCAUGCCGUACGGACGUGGGGAUGGUGGAGAGAAUGGUUGGAACAAUGCAACUCAACCAGCCGCAACACAAAGUGGUCGUUGGCAAGGUGGAUUCGUUAGAGGCACGCAAAGACAUCAUCAUCAUCACUUUCAUCAUCAUCAUCACUACAAUCCACACCAGCGACCAGUUCUAGCACAAGAGAGUUUGCCUCGAUCCACACCACCUGUAGAAGAAAAUAGCGACAGUAUUGCGCCCAAUCAAAGCCCUGAUGACACCAAUGAUGUGACAAAUCAAACAAUUAGUGAAAAUAAGCGUGACACAGAAGAUAUGGGUAGUGAAGAACAAUGA